AAUCGGAUGUCCGCAUAUUGAAUGCUGCAACUCUCACUCUCUCUCCCUCUAUUUAACCCGAUUGCACUCCCUCUUAUCCAACCGCAGCGACGCAGCAGAGAUCGAUAAAUCAAACCUCGCAUUUCCUUCCUUCCAUUGCGAUAUCCAGCAACGCUUCUCCUCUCCUCCCAUCGACCGAUCCUCUCCCCGGCCCCUUCCGACCUUGAUCGAUCGGAAGGAUGCAAGGAGAGCGGAUGGAAGGAGAGGAGAAGCCGCGGCGGUUCAUCUCGUCGGAGGAGCUCCGCGCCCACAACAAGCGCACCGAUAUGUGGAUCUCCAUCCAGGGCAAGGUCUAUGACGCCACCGCUUGGUCCGCCAUCCAUCCCGGCGGUGACCUCCCGAUCCUCACCGUCGCCGGCCAGGACGUCACCGACGCCUUCGUUUCCUACCACCCUGGCUCCGUCUGGGCCCUCCUCGUCAACAACCCCUCCCUCCCCCUCGUCGGCCAUCUCUCCGACUACCGCGUGUCCGAGGUCUCCAAGGACUACCGCCGCCUUGUCGCCGAGUUCUCCCGUCUCGGCCUCUUCGACAAGAGGGGCUAUGGCAUCCACAUCGUGCUUUCCGCGAUGCUGCUCAUGUUCGCCGCGGUUCUAUACGGCGUCCUCCGCUCGCCCAGCGUGUGGAUCCACAUCGGGUGCGCGGCCGUGAUGGGCGUCCUCUGGAUCCAAUCGGGGUUUCUAGGGCACGAUUCGGGGCACUACAGAGUGACGAGGAGCGCACGAUCGACCAGGGCGAUCCAGGUGCUGACCGGGAACUGCCUAGCGGGGAUCAGCAUUGCGUGGUGGAAGCGCAACCACAAUGCGCACCACUUGGCGUGCAACAGCCUCGACUUCGAUCCGGACUUGCAGCACAUCCCGUUCCUCGCCGUCUCCGCCGAGAUCUUCCGCAGCCUCACCUCCGCCUUUUACGAGCGCAAGAUGACCUUCGACGCGGUGUCGCGGGCGCUCGUCAGCUACCAGCACUGGACCUUCUACCCGGUCAUGUGCGUCGCGCGCAUCAACCUCUUCGCCCAAUCUCUGCUGCUCCUCUGCUCCAAUAAGCGCGUGCCGGGGCGAUUCCUAGAGAUUUUGGGGGUGUCGGUGUUCUGGAUCUGGUUCCCUUUGCUGGUGUCGUGCUUGCCGAGCUGGUGGGAGCGCUGCCUGUUCGUGCUGGUGAGCUUCGCGGUGACGGGGAUCCAGCACGUACAGUUCUGCCUCAACCAUUUCUCCUCCAGCGUCUACAUCGGGCCACCGCGGGCCAACGACUGGUUCCAGAAGCAGACGAUGGGGACGCUGGACAUCUCGUGCGCCCCCUGGAUGGACUGGUUCCACGGAGGCCUGCAGUUCCAGGUGGAGCACCACCUGUUCCCACGGCUCCCGCGUGGGCAACUCCGGCGGGUGGCGCCGUUCGUCCAGGAGCUCUGCCUCAAGCACGGCCUGCCCUACGAUGUUUUCUCCUUCUGGGAGGCCAACGUCAGGACCAUCGCGACGCUGAGGGAAGCGGCGCUGCAGGCCCGUGACAAAGCCCAACCGGUGCCCAAGAACUUGGUCUGGGAGGCCGUCAACACACAUGGAUGAGAUCGAUUAAUUUUCGGGGAUUGGAGAUAGAAUUAAGUUACUGGAUAGUCUCUCUACUUUCAAAUUUUUCCCGCUGCUGGAUACUUUACAAUAUUGCUUAAGUAU